UUAUCAAACGAGACACAUUCUUAUCAGCCGAGAAACUCUUGAACUCAGUUGUCUAAGGGGCUGCCUGUGAAUUUGUUCCCGUAAUAAUGGCUUACCACAGACAUUCAGGGCCCAGCAGUUACACCGUGGGCACCAUGUCGGAGCGCUUUGACUGCCACUACUGCCGCGACCCGCUGCACGGGAAGAAGUAUGUGCAGAAGGAGGGCCGCCACUGCUGCGUGAAGUGCUUUGAAAAAUUCUGUGCCAACACCUGUAUCGAGUGCAAGAAACCCAUUGGCGCUGACGCCAAGGAGCUGCAUUUCAAAAACCGUUACUGGCACGAUAACUGCUUCCGCUGCUUUAAGUGCUACACGUCUCUGGUUAGCGAGCCCUUCAUGCUAAAGGAAAACAAUAAAGUUUGGUGUAGCAGCUGUAGCGCCACUGAGGGUGCAAACAAAUGCAAAGGCUGCUUCAAAGCGAUUAUUGCAGGAGACCAAAAUGUUGAAUACAAGAAGUCAUUCUGGCACAAGGAAUGCUUCACCUGCAGCCAGUGCAAGCAAGUGAUAGGAACCGGCAGCUUCUUCCCCAAAGGAGAGGAGAUCUUCUGUGUCUCUUGCCACGAACAUAAGUUUGCCAAGCUGUGUGUUAAGUGCAAGAAAGCCAUCACUUCUGGAGGAAUCACUUACCAGGAGCAGCCUUGGCAUUCAGAGUGCUUCAUCUGUACUGGCUGCUCAAAGCAGAUUGGUGGGAAACGCUUCACUGCUGUGGAGGAUCAGUUCUACUGUGUUGAUUGCUACAAGACAUUUGUUGCCAAGAAGUGUGCUAGCUGCAAGAACCCCAUUACAGGAUUUGGAAGAGGAUCCACUGUGGUCAGCCAUGAAGGCCAAUCCUGGCAUGAUUAUUGUUUCAAGUGUACCAAGUGUUCCCGUCCUUUGGCUAACAGGCGCUUUGUCUAUCAUAAUGAGCAAAUUUACUGCGCUGACUGUCCCCAUAGAUUGUAAGGAGCAGCCUCAGCCUUUGCUGUAAAAUGGAUUGGAGCCUUGCUCUUGUAUUUGAGCUGCUUCAGAAAGGCCUGCUAAAGGCACUUGCAUAUUAAACCCUGCCUUCUUCCAUUUUACAGAAUGGUUCAGACCUCCAGGCCCAACAUAUUGCAGCUUGUUUGAUUUUAGAUUUUAAGGUUCUGCAAUAACAAAACUUACUCAGCUGCAAAACUAAUUUUGCUUUCAUGACAACCAUUAACACAAAAGCUUGAGCUGCCAGAAUUUUAGGUCCUUAAAUAUUGCCUCUUCUGCAUGAUGAGUAGCACAAAGUAAAACAAAAGCUGAUUUUGUAACUUAAGUUGAAGUUUGACACUUAAUGAAGUGGUUUUUGACAAGGAACAAACCAACCUCUGCACCCACUAAAACAAAAACCCCCAAACCAUCAGUAAGGAGAUGUAAAGAUCACACCCAGCAUCAUAGAUAUGGUGCUUCGUAAUUAUACAUUCAUGAGUACUUUAUAUACAGACAUUAAAUGCCUUUGCUUAUACUACCAUAUAAAGCAAGUUACCGCAAGUAUAUGGUGUGGCUUUGUUUAUAAUGUUUUGCUAUUGUGGUUUAGCUAGGGAGAAUGCUAAAACAGAUUUAUGGCAAUUUUAACUUAAGGUUUAGUCCUGAGUUUAAAUUGGCUUGUCAGAGGGUUUUGCUUACCAGCUUUUUUACUUUAAUUAUACUGUCUACACCUGGUUUACUAAUUCACCACCUUCAAGAAGUUAUUCUUUGAAGCAUAACAUACAAUGAAUGUAUAUGCAUUUUUCAAACAUUGUAGGAUAGCUUUCCUACCGUGCCAACAUGUUAUUUUAAGAUCUAAUAAAAAUUGGAUUAAUGCUUGUUUGGAUUCAUGAA